AAAAACACCUGGAAUCCAUUGUACCGAAAACGCAACCUUUGCUUUCUCGGGAAGAUCCUGAAAAUCGAUCACCUUAAGCUUUGAUUCUCUCUGUUUCCUUCAGCUUCAGUUUCUUCUAUUCUGGUUGGUCGAUAAGAGAAACCUUGUAACAUUCUUCGUGUUUGUGCGUGGUUUAAGCUUCUGGUGGGUGAGAGAUGGGUCAAACUUUUCGCAAGCUUUUCGAUACUUUCUUCGGAAACCAGGAGAUGAGGGUCGUUAUGCUGGGGCUUGAUGCGGCUGGCAAAACAACGAUACUGUACAAGCUCCACAUUGGAGAAGUUCUCUCGACUGUUCCCACAAUCGGUUUCAAUGUUGAGAAAGUUCAGUACAAGAAUGUGAUGUUCACAGUUUGGGAUGUUGGUGGCCAAGAGAAACUGAGGCCCUUGUGGAGACAUUACUUCAAUAAUACCGAUGGACUUAUAUACGUGGUUGACUCCUUGGACCGAGAGAGGAUUGUUAAAGCGAAGCAAGAAUUUCAGGAGAUCAUUAGAGAUCCAUUCAUGCUCAACAGUGUCAUUCUAGUGUUUGCCAACAAACAAGACAUGAGAGGAGCCAUGUCUCCUCGAGAAGUAUGUGAAGGGCUUGGCUUACUUGACCUCAAGAACAGGAAAUGGCAUAUACAAGGCACAUGUGCUCUUCAAGGAGAUGGGCUCUAUGAAGGCUUAGACUGGUUAUCAACUACGCUCAAAGAGGUUAAAGCUGCUGGUUACUCAUCCGUUGGUCCCUCGUUUUAACUCACUCCGCAGAAAAAAAUCCCCAGACUAGUUAAAUUGAAAUACGAAAAGUACCAAAUCAAGCUCAUGGUGUUCAGUCUAUCCACCAUUAUAUACUUUUAGGCCAUGGCCAAAGUCUUCUUCUAGGCCUCUGAUAUGGUAGUAAUAUCACACAAUCAAAAUCUCUCAAGACUAUGUAAUGGAAGUUGUUUUUGUUUUCUUUUGUCUCACAUGGCCCUUUUUGCAUAAUGACUUUGGAGCUUCAAUGUAAAUUCUGAUGGAUAAUUGUAUAAAAAUCUGCAAAAUUCUCAUGGCG